AUGGACAGGCUGUGUGAGAAGUUCAAAUUCAAGCAGUUCAACUUAUCCAUGUAUAAUGUUGCUGAAAAUGGGUUGGCAGAGGCAUUCAACAAAAUGUUGUGCAACCUACUGAAAAAGAUUGUCUCUAAGUCAAAGAGGAAUAGGCAAGAGAAGAUUGGUGAGACAUUAUGGGCUUACCGAACCACUCAUCGUAUCCCUACAGAAGUCACUCCAUAUUCUCUUGUUUAUGGGGUAGAGGUUAUCCUUCCUUUGGAAAGAGAAAUUCUAUCAUUAAGAAUGGUGGUACAAGAGGAAUUGACUACAGAAUCAUAA